UAAAUAUGGAGCGAGAAAGCGAUUCUGUGAAAAGCAAGCGCAGCAAAAAGAAACACAAAACGCAAACGACCCGUUCUUAUCGCAAAACCGAGAGAGAAGUGCAAAUAUUGCUGUCCCAAUGCGGAAAAGUCUUCGGACGUCAAGAUUCCCAGGAGUCGGAAGCAAGGAGCCUGCAGUUCUUCCAUUACUCGGAAGCUAACGAGUCUGUCGCCAUUUCGAAUCGGAAUAAACAGCGAAUCGAUGACGCCGCAUCUCCAUCCAAUUUAGCUGCGAAUUUUAUACAAAUCGAGCUGUCCGAGCCGCCAAUCGUCUCGCCCCAAUUGCACAGACAACUGCAUCGCUAUGACGACAGCUUCCUGUAUACGCCCAGCGACAGGCUACAUUUGCCGCUGCAGUUCAUCGAUGGCGGCUCUCACUUAAAGCGCUAUCAGAUUCGUAUGCUCAAUCGCUAUCUGGAGGAGGCCAAAGUCAACGGGAGUGCCGGCAAGCUAAGUGCCGGGCUAAUAGCUCAGCUCACGGACUCAGACUCGUGCCGCUUUAUCAUCGAUGCGACGCUAUAUCGGAGCAAUUGUCCGAGACAGUUUAAAGGCGUCUUUCUGGCGCCCGUGCCGUUCGCUCAGUUCCAGGGACUGCCCACGAGUCGUUGCCUGAAACUGUGCCUCAAGCAGCUGCGCUUCAGCGCCCAUCCGCAGUUUCUGGAAGAGCAUCGCCUGGCGCAACAGCUUGAAGAUCUCUACGACCUAUACAUGCACAAUGUGAAGAAUAAGAUUUGCAAGAAAUUGCGCGAGGAGCUGCAAAUAGCUCGGAAUGUCGCUGCUCGGCUGCUCGAUUCCAGCAGCCAUCAGCAGCCGCAGGAGCAAUCAUCGCAGCUGGCGGCGCACAUUCAACGCCAGCUGCAAUUGACCCAACAGCUGCGGGUACGCUACUACGCCGAGUCCACGGCGCAGCGCGUGUUGCUUCAACGCCUGCUCACACAGUGGGCCAAGCUGAAGGAGUUGCGCAAGCAGCAACAAUUCCAGUGCACACGCUUUAGGCUUAGCCUGCGGCUGGUGCCGCCAGCUGACUUGGAUGCCUCCUGCUCAGCAUGGAAGGAGCGUUUUGAGGCUGAUCUGGCCGAGGUGUACCGUGAGCAUUUGGAGGUCUACUAUCAUCGGCGACACAUCUGGAGCAGCGAGCAGUCCUCAGUUUCACACACCAAGCCGCCACGUAAGCCGCAGUUUGCUGAGAUCAUGGAGAGCUUGAAGACGAAAUACGAACGCGCUUUUCAGGAUCCUGAGGAGCCAAGGGUGUAUCUGUUGCGGCUGCCAACCGAUGAGUCAACGCUCCAUUCCAGGCCAAGUAACGAGCAGUUGAACCUGGACCGCAACUACUACUUAAAGCUCUACUUGGACGGCCAGUUUGUGGCCCAGACGCGCAGCUAUCGCCUGGAACCGGAUCUGCAUGUGGACAUGAACGAGAGUCUUGGCGUUCUGCUCAAUCGCUCGCAUCCAGAGCAGCUCAACAUUUGGCUGUAUGAGAAAUCUACGAUAACUUCACACAGUCGAAGACUUGCUCUGAUAAGCACCCCGCUGAAGGUGACGGAAAGGGGCAAGACGGAACAGAAAUUGGCUUUCCAAGUGGCCGCAACUUCGGCUGCAGUGCGUCCCAAGCUGGCUGGCGAUCUCUUUCUGCACAUCGACUAUUAUUGUCCCGAUGGCGCCAUCAGCAGCGAUCUGGACGACAUACAGAAGCUGCCGGAGACGGUUGGUCAAACGUUGAGGGCAGGCAGGCUGCCGUCUGCGGCCACGGCUUCAGAGAUGAGGGCCACGCCCCGGUCACCCAGCGAUGCAGGGCACAUUAAUGCGGGCCCGCUAAUCUUUGCCGAGCAACAGCUGCAGCUGUGCGGAGUUGAGGAGCUUCUGCAGAACAGACGCUUCCAGCUGCUGCACUCGCGACACCAGCAACGUAAUUUUCACACAAAGCAGCUGAGCUUUGUGCCCGCCCUGGAGCAUGAAAUUGUGGAGUUGGAGGAACUUGAGCCGCAUGCAAAUGUCGCCCAAGUGCUGGAUCCUGGCACUGUUUGGAAUCCAAUUGAUCUGCACAAACAUCGCGGCCGCAAGUUUCUCCAUCUGCUGUACGAGACCAUAACCAGCCAGUGCGUGCAAAGGGCUAAGCUGUUGCAAACGCCGCUACCGCUGCUCCAGCUGCUAGGCGAUGGCCUGGAGCAGUCCACCGGCUGGUCAGCGCUCUGGCGUGCGUUGUGCUCCCUGCUCUUUGGACAACCAGCCGCGCUCCCACGAGAGCCCACAUGGCAACCGCAGCCAACGUGUGCAUCGGAUGUGGUCCAGCAGUUCAACAUCUCACUGCAUGUGGUGCGUGCAACAGGUGUUCCAGUGCGCAGUCGCCACAUCCUCAACGUGGAGCAACAGGCCAGGCGCAGCAGCAGCACAGGCACAAGCAGCGAUCUGAGCGCCAGUCUCUUUGUAACACAAACGCUUAUGUACUCGAACGUGCGUCCAUUUAUAACAUUGAGCUAUGGCCAAAGGCUGUGUCGCAGUCGCACGGCAGAAGGAUCGAAUCCCACCUGGAAUGAGCAGCUGCAGCUACAGCUCACGGGUCAGCCGAAUGAUCUGCAUGAAGAUCUGAAAAUCAGCCUGUUCGACGAGAUGGUCGAGCAGCAGUACACGGACGAGGCGGCAGAUAUCUACCAGCGGGUGCAAUGUAACUGGCUCGGCGAAUAUCGUGUGCCCAUGAGCAGUCUGCUAGCCAGCCGCAAGUUUGAAGGAUGCAUCGAGCUAAGCAUGCCCAAGGUGCUGGUCGGCUACAAAAGACCGCUUAUCGAGUCUGUGACAAAUAUAUCCGUGGAGCAAUAUCCCGAGUUCAAGGAAAGCGUCCAUCUCUGGUUCUAUCUGAGCAUCGAACCAGGCUGCCAGGUGACGCCGCUUCAAAUAGGCGGCCUGGCAUGCGCCGAGCUGCCCGAGCUGCAGCAAUUUGUGCGCGAGCGACGUCUGGAGCUGCAACAGCUGCUGCCGCAUCCGCAGCGCUACGUGGAGCCUCUCGUCUGCACCUCACAUGGCAAGCGGGUCUGCCUGACGCGUCUGCUGGAGCCCGUGCCAUUGCCCAAUGAGACCCAGCUGGAGCGUAUUUGUCGUUUUGUUUCGUUGCUCAGCCCGGUGCGCAGUCAGCUGGAUGCCUGCCAGAACUUUCAAGGUGUUUGGCUAGACAAUCAGACCCUGCUGGACAGCACCUGGUGCUCCGCCAAGGAUUUGGGCGUGUUGCUCUGCAACUAUAUGCUGUCGCUGGGCCUCGAAUGCUGGCUGGUACUUGGACUGGCCUGUCCCUAUGGCGAGUGCACAUUUGUCAUCUAUCGACAGCCGGAAAGCGGCGACCUGCUGCUCGUGGCACCCACCACAGGCAAACGCUACCAGCUGCAGGAUAUCUUUUGCCCCCUAACGCGAGUGUACUCCAUUGUGGCUGCAAAAAACAUAUACAUCAAUAUUCAGGCGGAGGAGCGCGUGAGCAUGACAAAUUUCAAUGUGCAGGAUGUCGACUGUUGGCUGCCUCUGUUUAACAAGCGGCAGGAGGCGCCGCAGUGUGGCAUACACAAGCUGGACUAUGUCUACAAGCGCAGUUACGAUCUAAGCCAGCUGCAAAAGCACAUUGAGCGCAAGAUCAUGAAGAAGAUAAGCGCUUGGCGCACCACACGCAAAACAUUCUGGAAUCGUGCCUUUCAGCCGCAACUGCUGCGAAUCUUAAGCGAAUUAGAGAACCUAAGUACAAGCGCGGGCAGUCGCUACGAUGAGCCCGCCUACAGCGAGGAGCUGGAACGCGAGUAUCCCAACUGCCGGCUUUAUGGGUUUACAAUGAACUUUGCCUACACCAACCUGGCAGCCAUAUCGGAGCGCAUUCGCACCACCUGCAUACACUAUAACAACAACGCGGAUGUCGAGUUCUGUGUGGCGGUGCAUAUCAACGCCUAUGUAAACGACGUGCUAUCCGUUUGGGUGUUCCUGCUGUCCAUAGUGCCACUGGUGGGCUGAUUGUGAUUAUGAAUCAA